GCCCGAGAAUACUUCCGGGUCACCUUUACCCCGGAGUCACACAGCAGGAGAUUUUUUUAAAUAAAAUUUAUUUUAAUUCGGUAAAAGGAGGCGGGCGGAAGGUGCGGAGUUUGUGUGGGUUCGGUGUUAGUGACUGGAGUUUGUUCGGUAGGGAGACGGCCCCUUCCGCUGAGGGUGAGUCAGUCAGAGAACAAGUGUUAGUUUGGAUUUGCAUAACCAGAUCGCCAUGAUUCUGCAGAGAUUGUUGUGUUUUCCCAUCCUCCUGCGAUCUUCACUUUUCGUCGAGGUUCGACGAAAUAUUGGGCUCACUGCUGUGGUGUUUAACAAGACCCAGAACCUCGAUCCUAUCCAAAAACUCUUUAUUGAUAAGAUCCGUGAUUAUGACGCUAAGAGCAAGAAAGCAGGUGGUCCUGUUGAUGCUGGUCCAGAAUACCAGAAGAAUAUGGAGGAUGAGAUUGCCAAAUUGCAGCGGCUCUAUGGGGGAGGAGACCUCACCAAAUUCCCAGAUUUUAAAUUUGAAGAACCGAAAUUUGAUGAAGUUGGCAAGUGAGUGAUGAUCUUCAGAAAGGAAGAGAUCAUCUGUUAUUCAUUGAUAUUUCAUGGAACUGUAAAUGUAAUUUAAUAAAUUCCACUGGAUUAAA